AUUUCCUUUUUUCUAUUGCAAAUUUUUCCAAAUGUUGAUUAGAUUUUAGGUGCGUUCAUACCAAUUGGAUUAAAGUUUAUCUACAAACAUUGUGAGAGAUCAAAUACUUAAUUAACAAUUGAGAGCUUCAGUUGAUCACAAUUGACAAAAGAGAUCAACAUGAUCGCAUUAAUUGUUGAGAAAAUUAUAUUUACCUGUUUCUCUCUUUUCUAUGGAUUCGUUGUUUCUCUCGCAAUUAUUUUCUUCCAUGCGAUUACCUGUUUCAGGUUCAUUCGUAACAAGGACUAUUCGAAGCGACCAACGAUUCUUGAUGAUCCAAAAUGGGGAAAACAUAAUUCGAUGAAAGUCAAUAAUAAAGUGAUUCACUAUGUUGCUAAGGGAAACCCUGAUGAUCCGAUAAUUGUAUUUCUUCAUGGUUUCCCUGAUUUCUGGUAUUCUUGGCAUCAACAAUUGAUUCACUUUGCAUCAAAAGGCUAUUACACUGUCGCCAUAGAUUUACCUGGUUAUGGAGAGUCAAGUAAAUUAUUGGAAACUGGACAGAGGAGAGUUGAUUUGGUUUGUGAUGACCUGGUCAAAGUGAUUCAAAGUAUAACCACUAAAUCACCAAAUCACCAGAAAAUUGUCCUUGUUGGACACGAUUGGGGAGCUGCGGUCUCUUUUUAUAUUGCUUACAAUUAUCCAAAUCUGAUUGAGAAAUUAAUCAUUCUCAAUGGACCUCAUCCAAAACACUUCCAAAAGCUACUGAAAACCAGCCUGAAACAAUUUACAUCUUCUUGGUACAUGUUUUUCUUUGGGCUACCCUGUCUUCCUGAAUAUGCAUUCAAAUCAUUUGAUUUCUACAGUCUGAAGAUGUGCUUCGUUAACGGAAACAAAUCGCCGAUUAUGAGUGCUGAUGAUCUGAUCCCGUGGAAGUACAUUUACAGUCAACAAGGAGCAAUAACAUCGGCAUUAGGUUAUUAUCGGGAUAACAUUGGAAAUGCCAAAAGAUCACAAGCCGAUUUUCGAAUCAAAGUUCCGAUGAUGUGUAUUUGGGGCGAUGCCGAUUUCGCCUUAUCGACAGAAUUAGCGACUGGAAUGGCAAAGUAUGUUGAUAAUCUUCGGCUUCGGAUAAUCGAAGGUUGUUCUCAUUUUGUUGCUCUCGAAGCCCCAGAAAAGGUCAAUUCAUAUAUCAACGAGUUUCUCAAUGAGUAAUUAACUUGCUAAUGAUAACUAAUCAAAAGAUAACAUUGCCAUUCAAUCAACAUGAUAAUUAACACAAUGUCAGAUUAUCAUAAUGCAGUCAAAUUGCUUUGUCAAUGAUAACAACAUCUUUAUUGUUAUUAAUAAUUAACAGAAUACAUUAUUAUUUUAACUUAACAAUGAGCAUUGUAACAACCGGAAAAUUACAAUCAAUGUCAACCUUAUUUACAUAAUUAAAUCAAUCUUUUAAUUAGAUUAUUCAUCAAUCAUAAA